GCAUUGAGAUUCGUCACGUGUUUUUCUCCUUUAGAGUGUGAUUGAAUCGGAGGGGUUGUACGCACACAAACACAGCGUCUUGUUUUGGUACUGUAUGAAACGGAUCGUGUGGACGAAAUAUACAUAAAAAUAAUAAUAAAACGUUCAACAAGGAGAAGAGGAAACCAAUAUCUCAAACUGGAUUUUACCUUUGUGCAGUGGCGUCCUUUUUUUCUGAGUAGCCGAAGACUGUUUUGUUUUCUUUUUUUGUGGCUGGAAUUGCCACUCUCCUUUCCAGCGCUAAAUGGGGUCGCAAACGGACUGGGCUUGUUUUGAUGAACGUGCGUUUGUAAACUCCGGAGCUGAGACGAAGAGGUGCGUUUGUUUGAAUCUAUAAUUACUCCUUUACCUCGAUCGCUUAUUUCUUUCUUAUUUUUUGAAGAGGGCCGUUACUUUCUGAGAGAAGCAUUUCGAGAGCGUGUUGAUUGUGGGGUGUAACGAAUUGCUGUCGAAAGAAGAAAAAAGCGCCUGGACUGAAGCAGCAGAUAAAAAGAGAGAGAAGCAAGUCUCCCGAUCGCGCUUGUUUUGGCGACUUCCCAUGUAGCGACUUUCGGCACAUGCACUUUUGCAUCUUUUAUUAUAUUUACUCUUGCUUAUUCUGAUCGUUUUCUUGCUUAUGAAGAGUACUUAAUACUUUGCAUCUGCCCUCUUCCUCCUGCCACCAUGGCGAGUCCGACAGCAGAGACGGAUAAUUUUUCGGACGUCAGAAAGGUGGGCUAUUUGAGAAAGCCUAAAAGCAUGCACAAGAGAUUUUUUGUCCUGCGAGCGGCCAGCGUCUCGGGACCCGCCAGGCUUGAGUACUAUGAGAAUGAGAAGAAAUGGAGGCACAAGUCGGCCGCCCCCAAAAGGUCCAUCCCCUUGGAGAACUGCUUCAACAUCAACAAGAGGGCGGACUCCAAAAAUCGGUACCUGGUGGCCCUCUACACGAAAGACGAAUACUUUGCCAUUGCAGCCGACAGUGAGCAAGAGCAGGACGUAUGGUUCCAGUCCCUGGUGGACUUGCACAACCGUGGUAAAGUGCACGAUUCGGGCGCUGGGCUCGGGGACGGCGAUGACAGCUACGGGGAUGCCACGCCAGGACCGGCGUUCAAAGAAGUCUGGCAAGUCAUCCUAAAACCCAAGGGCCUUGGGCACACCAAAAAUCUGAUUGGCAUUUACAGGCUGUGCCUCACCAAUAAGACCAUCAGCUUUGUCAAACUGAACUCUGAUGCUGCUGCUGUGGUACUGCAACUCAUGAACAUUCGCAGAUGUGGACAUUCAGAAAAUUUUUUCUUCAUCGAGGUGGGUCGCUCUGCUGUCACCGGGCCCGGGGAGUUCUGGAUGCAAGUGGAUGACUCUGUAGUGGCCCAGAACAUGCAUGAGACAAUCCUUGAGGCCAUGAAAGCCAUGAGUGAAGAGUUCCGUCCCCGUAGUAAAAGCCAGUCGUCUUCCAACUGCUCCAACCCGAUUUCUGUGCCUCUUCGAAGACACCAUAUUAACAAUCCUCCUCCCAGCCAAGUAGGACUCAUUAGGCGGCCUCGGACUGAAAGCAUUACAGCAACUUCACCUGCAGGUCCAGGUAAGCAUGGCAGCUCAUUUAGGAUGAGGGCCUCCAGUGAUGGAGAAGGAACUAUGUCUAGACCAACAUCAGUUGACGGGAGCCCAGUGAGCCCUAGCACAAGCCGGACACACUUGCAUAAGCAUAGAGGGAGUUCCCGGCUUCAUCCACCUUUGAACCACAGUCGUUCGAUUCCUAUGCCAUCAUCACGUUGUUCUCCAUCUGCAACAAGCCCUGUUAGCUUAUCAUCUAGCAGUACUAGUGGUCAUGGGUCCACCUCGGAUUGCCUUUACCCACGGCGGUCUAGUGCUUCAGUGUCUGGCUCGCCCAGUGAUGGAGGGUUCAUUUCAUCUGAUGAGUAUGGUUCUAGCCCUUGUGAUUUUAGAAAUUCAUUUAGGAGUGUGACCCCAGACUCUCUGGGUCACACCCCUCCUGCCCAGGAAGAAGAGCUAAAUAAUUACAUUUGCAUGGCCAAACCCAGUAUUUUGCCAAAUGGACAGUACAGCAAGAGUCAACAACGUUUUACACCCUCUCGAGCAGAAGAAGCGGACUUGGACAAGAGUUUCAGGAAAAGGACACACUCAUCAGGUGCCUCUCCACCAACCGUUUCCCACCAAAAGGCAGAUCCCUCCCAAGCAGCUACUACAUCUUUGGAUGAAUAUACUGAAAUGAUGCCAAGUUAUCCAUGUGGUCGCUUAUCAACUUAUCGACAUUCUGCUUUUGUGCCUACCCACUCAUAUCCAGAGGAGUGCAUUGACCUUCAUAUUGAUGGAAGUCGAGUAAAUCAUGCAGAUGAUGGCUAUAUGCCUAUGUCUCCAGGUGUGGCACCUGUGCCUAAUAAAAGUGAUGAUUACAUGCCAAUGAGCCCCAAAAGCAUAUCUGCACCUCAGCAAAUUAUUAAUCCAAGGCAGCAUUCGAGAGUGGACUCAAAUGGGUAUAUGAUGAUGUCACCUAGUGGUAGCUGCUCUCCUGACAAUGCAAACUAUGGAAAGUUAUGGACCAAUGGUGCUAACCCCAAACUUUCAGUGGAAAGCAAUGAUGGAAAGGUGUCUUGCAGUGAUUAUAUCAACAUGUCUCCUGCCAGUGGAUCAACAACCAGUACUCCUCCAGACUGCUAUUUCAACACUGUUGAUGAGCCAGUAAAGUCAGUUUGCUCCUAUUUUUCUUUACCUCGCUCUUUUAAGCACAGUCAGAGGAAAAAUGAUGACAGGCAGUUGCAUGUCUCAGUGAGCUCUGGUCUUCUUGCUUAUGGAGAGGAUUCCUCUUCAUCUACUAGCAGUGAUAGUAUAGGAGGCCAGGUUAAUGGCAAACAUACUGGCAAGCCAAAGAAAGUUGAUGCCUAUACACACAUUAAAGGGAAGCUUUUACGUCCAACAAGACUAUCUCUUGAUAACAACAAAGCUAGCACUCUUCCACGGACUCGAGAACACCCCCUUCCACCUGAGCCCAAAAGUCCUGGUGAAUAUGUCAAUAUAGAAUUUAAUGAAAAAUCUUACUCAUUAAGUUCUGCCUCACUCUUCUCUCCAGUGUAUACAGAAGAGCCUUCAGAGAGGCAAAUGGAAAACUCUUCAGAGUACAUGAAUAUGGAUUUGGGGACGCACAUUAGCAAAACAAACUAUACUGCAGCAUCUUCAUCCAAUUCAUCGCACUAUGCAAGCUCAGCCAACACGGCCACUACCACUACUGCUGGUACUGCUACAAUCAGGCCGAGCAGAGGAGGCCAGCAGAACUGUGAUUAUGUGAGUAUGCAGUUAAAUUCUUCCUGUAUAGACUAUAAAGAAUCACCAGCAGUGCUUAAUUACUCGGAUGUGGGCUGUGUAGCUGCUAAAACGCCUGUCCGCUCCAUUUCUCCAACCUUCACUUCUGCUUCAUUAAAUGGUGUUGCAAAUGGAGCCUGUGGAAGUUUACUUGUCCCAUUGUCCGGGAAUAGUGCUUUUACCAGAAUAAAUUCAAGUCCAAAUCGGAACCAGGGUGCCAAGGUGAUCCGUGCCGAUCCCCAGGGUCGGAGGCGGCACAGUUCAGAGACCUUUUCCUCAACGCAAGCUGCUAGUAGUAGCCUGAAUCUUUCCCAUGCGGAGGAUGUGAAAAGGCAUAGCUAUGCAUCUUUUGAAAAUGUUUGGCUCAAACAAGGGGAGACUGGAAGAAAAGAGCAGCUGUUAAACACUGCCGCUGCUUUUGAAAAUGGUCUAAAUUACAUUGAUCUGGACUUGGUCAAGGAUUUUAACAAUCAAGAAUGGACCUCCCUCCAGUCUAAAUCCCCUAAUCAGCCUUGUGGAAGUAACUCGGGUGAUGAUUUAAGCGCGUAUGCAAGCAUCAGCUUUCAAAAGCCAGAUGAUGCAAGGAACAGUCCAGUAAAAAGAGAAGAAUGACAACCUUACAAAACCCAGCAUACUCCAGUGAUGGAACUCCAUACUGCAUAUCCUUUCUAUGCCAUAACCAGGACCUCCUUUAAGUUAAUGGUACAACAUGUUUGGGUUACAUUGUUUACUUAGUAUAACCUCAGGACUUAGCUGAAUGAACUGCACAUUUUUUUGCCAAACAAAUAGCACUGUGACAACCUGUUUACCAUCUGCCACGUAUCCUCAGUAUUUCUUAUGGGAUUUCAACAGAAAUCUCCUGCUGUAUACCUAACACCAGGUCACUAUGUGAUCAGGUAUACUGUAACACAUAAAUGGACACUCUGUUUUGUUUGUUUUAAUUCAUUUGCUGCUGAAUACUCUUAAGAAUCAUUCUUGUAAAUUAUUGAAUAUAGAACUGUCUAAUGUUUGUCUGAGAAGUAUUAAAUAUUUAACAUUUCAUACUUUAUAUCAAUAUCUUUUUUGCAAUGAAAUAACUUUGAACACAUCAUUUGUUGGUGUGUUUCAGAUUUUAUGUUCUGUUCUGAACAGAGGGGGAAAAUACUUAAAUUUUAGUAUAUUAAAAUAGAGAGUAGUAAAACUCAUGAUUUAAAGAUGUAGCUAUGAAAUGGUAUAUCUCAACUGAUAAACACACAGGGGUAUGUAUACACCUGUUUGCUUGUUCAGUCACUUUUACCAUGUUGUUAAUGUUGAACUGAAUUCUUGCAAUUUGAAUUUUGUACUGUUGUAUUCUUGUAUAAUAAUAGGCUACAUUAACCUGAAUGAAUCUGAAUUUCCAUGGUACCUUGCAUCCAUCCAUUGCACAAAAGUGAAACAAAAGAAUGACUAACAGGCUUUAACCAUGUCUUCCAUUGUAUAUAAUGUACAGAAAAUGCAAAUAAAUAAUACUGUUUGAACUCUGCAAGACAGAACUCACCUUGGGAUAAACAAUGUGGUGUUUGUAAAUUGUAGAAAUCUCUUUCUGUAAGUAAUAAAGUAGAAAAUGUUUAUCUUUUUCUUGUA